UUAACUGGCUGCACUGGUUCAAGAAAUUUACAUACACAUCGACGCGUACAUUUCUUUGAACGGGUAGUCACACUUCAGCCAAAAAGAACGGACCGAUAGUUUUGAGUCACAUCCAAGUGAUCGCCCGAAUAAACAAUAAUGUUCAGGACAAACAUUGCGACGUAUGUGUCAACAUGUCAUGAAGCAAACGUCAAAUAAAUACUUUGGAACACUGGAAUUUGCCGAUUCUUAAAUUAAAACUGUAAAUAAAAAAAAUAUGGCGCAUAGUAGUCAAAGCCAAGGAAUAGGAGAGCCAAUGGACUUUAUGACGAAAUACCACAAUAUCUCGAAUAAGCUAAAAAAACGAUUCUUGAGGAAACCGAAUGUUGCAGAGGCGUGUGAGCAAUUUAGUGCUUUAGCCACUGAAUGUGAGCAGAAGGAAUUAUGGCAAUACGCAGGAUUGUGUUGGCUGGCAGCUGCUAGAUGUCAAGGCACGUUAGAGAACAUAUCUUCUGAGAUAAAUCUGUUGAUAAAAGCAGGAAGGCAAUUUCUCAUAGCUGAAAAGAAAGACAACGAUAUAGGAUGUCCCUCCAUAGGCCAAGAAAACAUACAGGCUGCUGUAAGUUGCUUCAGUCAUGCCAUGAUAAGGUGCAAUAACCAACCAGGAUUUAAUACAAUAUCCGCGGGCUUAUCGGUAGAGCUAGCAUUGGCACUAGGCCCAAGUCCUGCUGGUAUUCAACAGCUACGUAAAGCGAUCGAUAUCUUUCCUACAUCCAAGGCUAUCAAUACCUUAGCAUCUUUCCACAUAAGCCAAGGAGAUUACGUAGCUGCGCUGCAAAUAUUCAAUGAAUUCGUCGAGUUCGUGGAAGCUUGUGUCGUGGCUGGUGCCAGGGGGAACUAUAAUGCUAUCUUACAUAGGUGUGAAGUAACACGAGUAUUGCUGCUACUCAUUCUUCAACCAUCCCCACAGAGACUGACACCCUCCCUUGCUCAAGUUCUCGAGAAAUACGCCUGGAUAGAAGAAAAUGUGAACAAUGGUCUCAAUAUGAGCGAGGAUGAACUAUUGUUAUUGCAAUCCCUGGUGCUGGCGUGCCAGUCUCACGACUACCAAGCGGUAUUAGAUCUGGAGAGCGAAUUGUAUCCUUACUUGGACACGGAGCAAAAGGAGCUGUUACAUAAAUUGAUACAAGUACUAUCGACGCAGUAAAGAUAUGCAGCAAGAGAACCCGAUGCAACUUUUUCCUCUUCUUCAGUAUCGCGAUACAUCUGGCACUUUCUACCACACCGACGGUCUUCCUAUGACGAUUAAUACUAAGCGAGACGCAGCACUAACGUAGACAGCGUUCGUACGAUAAUGUUCUGUCGAAUUCGGCUAUCGGUUUGGAUCCCGAGCUACGAUCUUGGACGGAUGAAGCGUUUCUCCGCUGUAUCCUCGUUAAAAGCAACAAGAAUAUAGAGAUUUAAUUUACGCCCUA